AUGUUGCCUCCGAGCUGGACGGAGCACAAAGACCCAAGCAGUGGCAAGACCUUCUUCUACAAUACCACCACCAAGGAGACUACAUGGACAAGGCCAGCUAGUACACCUGGCACGCCGGCCCCGCCAGCACCACUGGGAAGCCCUGGCACCCCCAAGGCUCCAACCAUUGGCCUGGGUCGGCCCAUGGCACCCCUGGCACCGUCCGUCCCUGGUGGGGCACCCAGGAUCCCAUCCAGCCCCACCCCGCCGAUGCCAGGAAGGCCAACCAUCUCCACGUCCUCCCCAGCUCCGCUGGCCCCGGCGCCGCCCGGGUCGCGGCCCACCGUGUCCAUCGCGUCCCCCAGCCCGGCGGCGCCCGGAGCGCCCAAGGCGCCCUUGGCGCCCUGCGCACCGCUGGCGCCCAAGCCCUCAGUGCCCGGCAUGCCCGGCGCACCACCAGCCCCCUUGGCACCCACAGGUGAUUGGACUGAGCACAAAGACCCAGUCACCGGCAAGACCUACUACUACAACAAAGUCACCAAAGAAACAACAUGGGAUAAGCCUGCACCAAAGCUGGCAUCGACGGCACCCCUCGCGCCCGGAGCUCCUAGAGCACCAUCUGCUCCAGGUGCCCCACUGGCGCCUAUGGCUCCAAAGGAUGACUGGACGGAGCACAAGGACCCGGUAACUGGCAAGACCUACUACUACAACAAGCUGACCAAGGAAACAACUUGGGACAAGCCUGCACCAAAGCUGGCAUCGACGGCCCCCCUCGCACCCGGAGCUCCUAGAGCACCAUCUGCUCCAGGUGCCCCACUGGCGCCUAUGGCACCCAAAGACGACUGGACUGAGCACAAGGACCCAGUCACCGGCAAGACCUACUACUACAACAAGCUGACCAAGGAAACAACAUGGGACAAGCCUGCACCAAAACUGGCAGCAACAGCACCACUGGCACCAGGCCUCCCCAGGGCGCCAUCUGCACCUGGCGCACCACCCGCCCCCUUGGCACCCACAGGUGAUUGGACUGAGCACAAAGACCCAGUCACGGGCAAAACCUACUACUACAACAAGCUGACCAAGGAAACAACAUGGGACAAGCCAGCGGCCUUGUCUGCACCAAAACCUGGCCUGCCAGCACCGGCACUGCCAGGAGGCUUGCCCCCCAACUGGGAGGAACACAAGGACCCAACAACAGGCAAGGCGUUUUUCUACAACAAAGUGACCAAGGAGACAAGCUGGGACAGGCCAAAGGGUUUAUCCCCCGCGGCUCCUAUGGCACCUCUCGCUCCUGGUGGCUUGCCGCCGGACUGGGAAGAGCACAAGGAUCCCUCGAGUGGUAAGACCUUCUACUACAACAAGCUGACUAAGGAGACCAGCUGGGAGAAACCAGCUCCAAAGCCAGCACUGAAGCCGGCCUUGCCGGGAUCAUCACCCCUCGGAGCGUUGCCUCCCAACUGGGAAGAGCACAAGGACCCGUCGAGUGGUAAGACAUUUUACUACAACAAGGUCACCAAGGAAACAAGUUGGGACAAACCCAAGGGCGCUGCUGCACCAGAGGCACCAGGAGGUCUUCCACCAAACUGGGAAGAGCACAAAGACCCAUCCAGUGGGAAAGCAUUCUACUAUAACAAGGUGACCAAGGAGACCUCCUGGGAAAAACCAAAGGGUGCUUCAGUGUCAGCAGAUGCCGGUGGUCUGCCACCCAACUGGGAGGAGCAUAAAGACCCGUCUAGCGGCAAGACAUUUUUCUACAACAAGGUGACUAAGGAGACGAGCUGGGACAAGCCAAAGGGUUUUGCAGCGCCCGCUGCCCCUGGUGGUGGCUUGCCGCCAGACUGGGAAGAGCACAAGGACCCGUCGAGUGGCAAGAUCUUCUACUACAACAAGCUGACCAAGGAGACAAGUUGGGACAAGCCAGCUCCAAAGCCGGCAUUGGCCCCUGCAUUGAAGCCAGCCUUGUCCGGUUCUCCCUCACUAGGAGGUCUUCCACCGAACUGGGAAGAGCACAAAGACCCAUCCAGCGGGAAAGCAUUCUACUAUAACAAGGUGACCAAAGAGACCUCCUGGGAGAAGCCAAAGGGAGCUUCAGUGUCAGCACCAGCAGAUGCAGGUGGCCUGCCACCCAAUUGGGAGGAGCACAAAGACCCGUCAAGCGGCAAGACAUUUUACUACAACAAGGUGACUAAGGAGACGAGCUGGGACAAGCCAAAGGGUUUAGCAGCGCCCGCUGCCCCCGGUGGUGGCUUGCCGCCAGACUGGGAAGAGCACAAAGACCCGUCGAGUGGUAAGACCUUCUACUACAACAAGCUGACCAAGGAGACAAGUUGGGAGAAGCCAACUCCAAAGCCCGCACUUGGUUCAGCACUGAGGCCAGCCUUGUCGUCAUCUUCAUCGACAUUGGGCGGCCUGCCACCAAACUGGGAAGAGCACAAAGACCCAUCCAGCGGGAAAGCAUUCUACUAUAACAAGGUGACCAAGGAGACCUCCUGGGAAAAACCAAAGGGUGCUUCAGUGUCAGCAGAUGCCGGUGGCCUGCCACCCAACUGGGAGGAGCAUAAAGACCCGUCUAGCGGCAAGACAUUUUUCUACAACAAGGUGACUAAGGAGACGAGCUGGGACAAGCCAAAGAGCUUAGCAGCGCCCGCUGCCCCUGGUGGUGGCUUGCCGCCCGAGUGGGAAGAGCACAAGGACCCGUCGAGCGGUAAGACCUUCUACUACAACAAGGUGACUAAGGAGACAUCUUGGACGAAGCCGGCCGCUGCAAGCAAUGAUUGGACCGAGCAUAGUGAUCCUUCCACAGGGAAGACGUUUUACUACAACACGGUGACAAAGGAGACACGCUGGGACAAGCCAUGA